AUGGCAAAAGAAUUUGACGAACAACAGGCCAAGAAAGCCAUUCAGGCUCUCUACAAGACUUUCAAAGCCAAAGCAAGUGAAGAUCUGCUCGAUUCUGAACCUGCUGUCCAUGUCCAGCUUGUCAUUAAGAAGGUUUCCGGAAAGCCCAAGUCUGGUGCUAAGAGAUUGCCUAUGAAGUACUCUCCUCUUCCUGAAAAUGCCGAUGUAUGCUUGAUCGUAAAGGAUAAUGUCGAAAAAUGGGAAGACCUUAUCAAGACCAACGAAAUUGCCAAUGUCUCAAAGGUUAUUGAUGUUAAAGGUCUUGAGACCACUUACAAGACCUAUGAGGCACGGAGAAAGCUUGCUGGUUCCUACGAUGCUUUCUUGGUUUCCGAUAACGUUACACAUCUUAUGCCCGCCAGACUCGGUUCCACCUUUGUGAAGAGAAACAAGUUCCCCAACCCUGUAAGAUUGACACCCACAACCAUUAAGCAACAAAUCGAGAAGGUCCUCCGGUCUUCAUUUGUUCGUGAUGGUGGAUCUACCACUACCUCUGCAAAAAUUGGUCACCUUGGUCUGACUGAGGAUCAGCUUCACGAGAACUUGGUUAUGGCUGUACCUGAACAUGUAAAGGCCGUUGCUGGAAACUGGGAUAAUGUACUGAGCAUCUCCUUGCUCUUCCCAAAUGUCCCUGCCCUGGUCUUCUACAGCGCAUCCUUCAAAUAA